AGAUCCAAACCAGCCUGUUCCACAGGACACAAAAUUCAUCCACACAAAACCCAACCGCUUUGAAGAAGUAGCCUGGUCCAAAUACAAUCCUAAAGAUCAGCUUUAUCUGCAUAUUGGCCUGAAACCCCGAGUUCGUGAUCACUACCGAGCAACAAAAGUUGCUUUCUGGUUGGAGCUCGUACCGCACCUUCACAACUUGAAUGAAAUAUUUCAGUACGUUUCCACAACAACGAAAGUCCCCCCACCUGACAUGACAUCAUUUCCGUAUGUGACGCGACGUUCUCCUGGAAAAUUGUGGCCAGCCACCAAACGCCCAGCAAUGACACCUGCCAACAAUCCCAAACAUUCAAAAGACACCCAUAAAACAGCCCCGGAGGAUACAACAGUUCUGAUAGAGAACAAGCGAGAUUACUCCACAGAGCUGAGCGUCACCAUUGCUGUGGGGGCAUCCCUGCUGUUCCUCAAUAUUUUAGCUUUUGCUGCAUUGUAUUACAAGAAGGACAAGCGGCGUCACGAGACUCACAGGCGCCCUAGCCCGCAGAGGAACACAACUAAUGAUAUUGCACACAUACAAAACGAAGAGAUCAUGUCGUUGCAGAUGAAACAGCUAGAACACGACCACGAGUGUGAAUCGCUGCAGGCCCAUGACACACUGAGACUAACCUGUCCACCAGACUACACGCUUACUUUGAGAAGGUCCCCAGACGACAUCCCGCUAAUGACACCCAACACCAUAACGAUGAUUCCAAAUACAUUAACAGGAAUGCAGCCUUUGCAUACUUUCAACACCUUCAGUGGAGGACAAAACAGUACAAAUUUGCCCCAUGGACAUUCGACCACUAGGGUAUAGCUCAGUCCUUCCUUCUCUACCCUCACAAGCCACUUCGAAGAAAGAAAAAA